AUGGCAUUCAACCGCACUUACGAAAACGACGGGAGUGGUCGGGACACCUUUGUGAAUCACGCCGGCGCGUACUGGCUAAACCCACUCCCACAGGGGGUCUUUUUCCGCAGCGUGACCCCCCCCCCCCAGGGCGGGACGGCCUCGGGACCGCUCGCUUCCCUGCUCGACGCCUUUGGCACCCACCCGAACCCGGGCAAGGCGCUCUACGGCCGGUCCCGCUACGGCACGACCGUCCUCAACGCCCCCGCCAAGGGCGUGGGCGGCCCUGGGAUGGGGUUGUCCGGCCCAGAGGGGGGCCCGUCCUCUGGUCGGACGUCGCCAGGCGAACCGGCUGGCCUCGCUUCGCCCGGAGCGCCUUCGGGUCUCGCCCGGCAUGCCCGGUCUCGGGACGGCGAGACGUGGGACCCGGACGACCUCGCGAUCCGGCGGGCUCUGGAGGAGGUCCCGGAUGAGGCCCGCCGGCUGCGGGUGCCCGGACACGCCACGACGCUGCCGGACCUCGCGGCCGCCGGGGUGGAAAGUCGCUUUGGUGGGACCCCCGGCCCCUGGGAGGCGCCGCGGGCGGUGGAUCUGACCCUGGUGCGUGUCGCCCCCACCUACGAGUCGACGUGUCACUACGGGCUGCGGACGGGACGGUACUACACGGCGGACCAGGCCCCCCCGCAUGCGAAGACGUUACCAGGGGUCGGCCUGCCUUGGGGGAAAUCGCGAUCGUACUAA